AUGGCAAUAAGAACUUAAUAGAACUCUAUAGAACGUGUUCUUGUAGAUAAUAAAGUCAUGCCUGUUAAUACUGGCAAGAUAAACGUAAAUAUUUUGGGCCUCGUUUAAGAACUGGAAACUACACUCAAAUAAGCUAGCGACACAAGUCCUCAUUUGCUGGUUCCAAAUUCUCUCCAUAUCAUUUAAGGAUAAAAAAUAUAAAAAGAAAUGAUAAAAUCCAAAAAUAAUUCAGGAAUCACAUCUCAUUACAAUAUUGAUUCUAUCACUGAAAUGAGUGAAUUAACUGAUACUCUAGGAAAUGAAUUAUUAUAAUAAAAUAAUGGCAGCUCUGACGAAAACUAGACUGACAUGUUUUAGAGUUCUAUUUAACACAGCUGCUCUGAUUCUUAAUACUCUAGCUCUGCUUCUUAAUCUCCAAGAAGUACUUUUAGAAGGAAAACACACUUGAAUUAUAAUAGCUUACUUAAGAUCACAGGUAAUAGAAAAUUGAUAUCGAAAGGAAAUUCAGGGCUUUCUAUUAAUUCCAAUAAAUCAAUUAUUCUAAAUAGUCAGUGUGAUUUGCCUAUCUAAAAUUUCAAACCUAUUCAAAAUAAAAAUUUAUUGAGAGUUACUUCAUCAUACGGUAAUAACCUAAGUACUGGUGACACUUAACUGAACAUAAUUUCCUCAAAUACUUGCUUACAUCAGAGCAUUUAAUCUGCGAAUACGCUUCGCAGACAAAACAAUUAUUACAGUUAUAACAUUAAUUCUCACGAUUAAUAAGAUCCUAAUGAAAGAUAAUACUCUAAUUACAAUAAUAGCAACUAGGGAUCUGCACAUGACUAAUAAAAAAGACCUAAGUCUCAAAUUAAACUAUAUGUAUAGAAGUAUUUUGAAAGACAAGAUAGAAUCAGAAGAAUUGAUUAACUUUUAGACCAAGAAAUCGAAUCAUCAAUUAAUUUAAACAAUGUAUAUGAAAAAUCAGAGACUUUUGAUCAUACUAAAUACUAAGUAAUGGAUUCAGCUAGUAAACAUGAAAAUAUGCAAUAAAGAAAUACAUAAACUGGCAUAAAUAAAAUUUAAACUCUAGAAAAAUAAUUCAAUUCAGAGAAUGUAGACUUUCAUCAAAGGGAAAUUCGAAGCUAAAGUAGAAUGAGAAUCAAGCAGGGAUUUUAAAUGAUAAGCUCGAGUUCUCAUCAUCUUAAAAAACUAUGA